UCUACACAGUUUUCACCAGAUUGAAGUAAAAAUGUUGUCGUAUUUGUACGCGCUGUUGUUUUACACCGUAGUGACAUUCGGUCAGAAUAUCUGGGACGAUGAUUUUCAACUGUCAUGGCCUCAAAAGUAUACUGUAAAAGCAACUCGGAUCUCUCUCACUUCAGGCAUCGUCGAAAAUUACAAAGCCUGGAAAACAAAUGAGUUAUUGCGAGUGGACUACAACAAUGGUGCUGUGAAAUCCAUUGUAAAUUUUCGACAACGUAUUAAAUAUGAGAUCCACCCCGAGUUCACGAAAAAUGCGUCUAACGUGGUGAAAUGCCAGGCAAUGAAGUUGGAUCAGCAAUUUAGAAGAUUAUCAAUUGGAACAGUUUUGCCUGAUACAGAAGACUUCGAGUUUGUUGAUUUUGAUCCCGUCAAUGAUAAGGACACUAUACAAUUUUACUGUCAAAGUUCGGAAAACGGAAAUGACAUUAGACAAACAGUGUGGGCAGAGUUUGAAAACGAAACAGAGGAGUGGAUUCCAGUCAGAUAUCAAGUGAAAGAAUACAACGAGGGGUUAGGGUUCUUGAGCAAACAUGAAAUAUGGGACUUCUUUGGAUUUGAAACUGAUUUCGACGACGCUGUUUUUAAAAUUGAUGAUUAUGGAUGCGGAAAUGAAUACACAGAGCACACGAUGGACAGUGAGUCGGUGACCCAGCACCUGCUCUUCGUCGAUCCUGAAAACGAUAAACACGUCGAUCAUGUUUUCAACGCGUUCAAAAAUAAAUACGACAGAAAUUACGAACACAAUUAUGAGCACGCUACUAGAAGGAGCAUAUUCCAAGACAAAAUGAGGUUGAUAAGAUCCACGAACCGCAAGAAUCUUGGCUACACACUUGCUGUUAAUCAGUUCGCUGAUCGCACUCCUAAAGAGAUGGAAAGAUACCAGGGGUUGUGGAGGCGUCCUGAAGGAAAAACUGGCAAUAUUGCCUUUCCGUAUAAUGAUUCUCACAUCAAAGAUAUAGAAACGGUUUUACCUGAUGAAUAUGACUUAAGGCUGCUCGGAUACGUUUCCUGGAUUAAAAAUCAGGAGGAUUGCGCUUCUUGUUGGACAUACGGCACCAUCGCCGCCGUGGAGGGAGCUAUAGCACGUCAUAAUGGAGGGAAAAUUCUCAGUCUGAGCAACCAGGCACUAAUUGACUGCGCUUGGCCUUACGGAGCAGCAGGUUGUAAAGGAGGUACAGACACCGCUGCGUAUAAAUGGAUGAUGGACUACGGUUUACCCACUGAAGAGGAAUACGGAUCUUACCUUAACAAAGACGGCUUCUGUCAUAUCAAGAACAUGACAGUGAGGUUCUUCAUCAAGGGUUUCACUGAUGUUCCACCACACAAUGUCGGAGCGCUGAAGGUUGCACUGGUGAACCACGGCCCAUUGUCGGUGUCUGUUCACGUAACUGAGGCGUUCUCACUUUACUCCUCAGGCGUAUUCUACGAUGCAAACUGCAAUGAAACAAUGUUAAACCAUGAAAUGGCGCUAGUAGGAUACGGCACACGAAACGGAGACACCUUCUGGAUCCUAAAGAACUCCUGGGGACCCACAUGGGGUAUCGAUGGAUACAUGUUAAUAUCCACCAGGAACAACAGCUGUGGCGUCACCACGGAACCUACUUACGUCACUUUGUAAUACAAAUAUCUCCUUUUAUUUUAACUGGCAAAGUUCAAAAUCAUUUAAAAUGAGUCAACAUUGCCAACUUAUAAUAAAUUGAUCCGGUAUUGUACUUAUAAUGAUCUGAUUGACUCAUGCAAUGUCAAAGGAAUUUUUAAUUUAAUUAUGUAUACAUGAUUUCAAUAUCCUUCUCAAUUACUUUUUUUUCAUAUCUUUAAUUAAUUUUAGAUGGUAUAUUACUUAAUAAUAAUACAUAUUUACAUUCA